GUGAUCCGUGCGGCCAGGGUAGCUAUCGCGGCGGCGGCGGCGGCGGCGGCGGCGGCGGUUGAACUGACUCGGAGCCAGGAGACCCGAGCGAGCAGACGCUGGCGCCCGCCCCGCGCACUCACCAUGGCGGCAUGGCCCUUUCGGUGUUGGUGCUCCUGCUUCUGGCUGUACUGUAUGAAGGCAUCAAGGUUGGCAAAGCCAAGCUGCUCAACCAGGUGCUGGUGAACCUGCCAACCUCCAUCAGCCAGCAGACCAUCGCAGAGACAGACGGGGACUCUGCAGGCUCAGAUUCAUUCCCUGUUGGCAGAACCCACCACAGGUGGUAUUUGUGUCACUUUGGCCAGUCUCUAAUCCAUGUCAUCCAGGUGGUCAUCGGCUACUUCAUCAUGCUGGCCGUAAUGUCCUACAACACCUGGAUUUUCCUUGGUGUGGUCUUGGGGUCUGCUGUGGGCUACUACCUAGCUUACCCACUUCUCAGCACAGCUUAGCUGGUGAGGAACAUGCAGGCACUGAGGCUGGAGGGACAUGGAGCCCCCUCUUCCAGACACUAUACUUCCAACUGCCCUUUCUUCUGAUGGCUAUUCCUCCACCUUAUUCCCAGCCCCUGGAAACUUUGAGCUGAAGCCAGCACUUGCUCCCUGGAGUUCGGAAGCCAUUGCAGCAACCUUCCUUCUCAGCCAGCCUACAUAGGGCCCAGGCAUGGUCUUGUGUCUUAAGACAGCUGCUGUGACCAAAGGGAGAAUGGAGAGAAUAGGGGUGGCAGGGUUACUGAGCCCAUGACAAUGCUUCUCUGUGACUCAAACCAGGAAUUUCCAAAGAUUUCAAGCCAGGGAGAAGGGUUCUUGGUGAUGCAGGGCAUAGAACCUGGGCACCCUCAGCUCUCCUGCUUUGUGCCUUAUCUACAGGAGCAUCGCCCAUUGGACUUCCUGACCUCUUCUGUCUUUGAGGGACAGAGACCAAGCUAGAUCCUUUUUCUCACCUUUCUGCCUUUGGAACACAUGAAGAUCAUCUCGUCUAUGGAUCAUGUUGACAAACUAAGUAUUUUUUAUUUUUCCCAUUGAACUCCUAGUUGGCAAUUUUGCCCAUUCAUACAAAAAAAUUUUUAAUGAAAUGAUUUCAUUUUAUUCAUGAUGGAUGGCAGCAACUGCUGAGACCUAUUUCCCUUUCUUGGGGGGAGAAUAAGUGACAGCUGAUUAAAGGCAGAGACACAGGACUGCUUUCAGGCUCCUGGUUUAUUCUCUGAUAGACUGAGCUCCUUCCACCAGAAGGCACUGCCUGCGGGAAGAAGAUGAUCUGAUGGCCGUGGGUGUCUGGGAAGCUCUUCGUGGCCUCAAUGCCCUCCUUUAUCCUCAUCUUUCUUCUAUGCAGAACAAAAAGCUGCAUCUAAUAAUGUUCAAUACUUAAUAUUCUCUAUUUAUUACUUACUGCUUACUCGUAAUGAUCUAGUGGGGAAACAUGAUUCAUUCACUUAAAAUACUGAUUAAGCCAUGGCAGGUACUGACUGAAGAUGCAAUCCAACCAAAGCCAUUACAUUUUUUGAGUUAGAUGGGACUCUCUGGAUAGUUGAACGUCUUCACUUUAUAAAAAAGGAAAGAGAGAAAAUCACUGCUGUAUACUAAAUACCUCACAGAUUAGAUGAAAAGAUGGUUGUAAGCUUUGGGAAUUAAAAACAAAUACGUUUUAGUAAAUAUAUAUUUUUAAAUAGUC